UGCGUCCAAGCCUUCCCCAUUUCUUCCCAAAGUAACAACAAAACAAGUCUUCAAAGCAGCGGCACUGUGGAGAAUACAUCUGAAUUUUUUAGCCAAACAAACAUGUUGAAGACCGGAAAGGCAACGGAGAAGUCCAAUUUCGCUCAGACAUGCAACCUCCUGAGCCAGAACAUGAAGGAGAAAGGAAGGAUGGGCGAUAUUAGCCGUGGAAUGAAUAGGAAACUGGAGCCUAAAGAAAAACCCGAAACAUCUGAUCUGCCAGCGGCAACCACUAUGGAUUUAUUAAUAAACAUGGAAAAUUCAGCUGAGGCUUUGAGACAAAACACCGUGUCUCCUUCAAAUGCGCAAUCCACGGAUUUUCUUCAACAGUUUGGUUGUUUCGAUCCCUCAAACUCGAGCGACAUGGCUUCUAGUAAGGCUGAUUUCAGGAAACCGGGGAUCAAGGAGUCUGUAACAGCCCAGAUGACUAUUUUUUACAUCGGCCAAGUACUAGUAUUCAACGACUUUCAGGCCGACAAGGCAAGGGAGAUCAUGGCUUUGGCCAGAAAGGGAUGCUCUUAUACUUUUGGCAUGGACAAAGUAAAUUCAGGAAGUUUUAUUGCAGCCUCGUCCCAAAGGAAUACCACCCAACAACGCCUUCAACAACAAUCUCAAACUAUUGGUUCUGAUUUGCCAAUUGCAAGAAGAGCUUCACUUCACCGGUUCUUGGAGAAGAGGAAGGAUAGGUAAGCACUCUUAUAGAGGCGAUCUCCCCCUUUCUUCUUCUUUGUUGUUUCUUCUUUUUCUUCUUUGGUAAAUUCUGAUCAUUAUAAAUCUUAUUUAUAUGUCGACUUUACACAAAAGUCAAGGAAGGUCGGCUCAGUCAGAUGUUGGGUUUUCAACAUUUUCAACACCCCUAGGUUCAAGGGGCUUAGUUGGAUUUUUGGAAAAAAAAAAAAAAAAAAAAAAAUUGUAAAAUCAGUAAUUUGUGAUUAUAUUGAUUUGGAAUAAAUUUUUUGUGACAUAAAAAUGUUUUGAGAGCUUCAUAAAAUUAAUAAAUAGGUCCAUGCACUAAACUUGAUCUAAUUUUUUUUUUUUUUAUAUAUAAAAAUUGAGUAUAGGGAUCUAUUUAUUAAUUUUGCAUACUACAUGAAUGUCUCAAAAUAUUUUUAUACCACAAAAAAAUUAUUGCAUAUCGGGUUUAAUUAUAUAAACUGAUUUUACAUAUUUUUUUUUUUUUUUUUUAUAGUUUUAGGGUAACGAAUAAUGAAUUAUUUUAAAAUGUUUUUGUUGGUUAUUAUUAUUAUUGUUGUUGUUGUUGAAUUGCUCCCUUUCUUUUCUUGUAUUUUACUGAUGAAAAAAACUUUUUUGGCCUAUUUUUCAGGGUGGCGGUAAAAGCACCAUAUCAAGUCAACCCACCUUCCAAAGCUCUUCCCAAGCCCAAGGAAAGCAACCCAUGGAUUGAGUAGGAAUAUCAAUCUUCAAAACAGCUCGAGCUUAAGUUAUAAUGACCACCUCACCAUUUCGUAGGACCUCCAUGUGGCGACUUUAAAAAUCUUAAUUAUACUAGUUAUUAGUCCUUGCGUACCUUUUUUUUUUUGGAUUGAUUAUUUAAUAAAUUUGUACAUUCUAUUCAUCAAGUA